AUGAGUUUCAAGGGCCUCUCUAAGAGUCUCGCCCGAGCUCCUCAGCAAUUCAAAGUCAAGUUCAACAUCGGUGAACACUCCAAGGAUGCUGUCUAUACCGACUCCGAACGUCGCUUUCAAGAGCUCGAGAAGGAAACCAAGAAGCUACACGAUGAGUCUAAGAAAUACUUUGACGCGAUUAAUGGUAUGCUGAGCCACCAGAUCGAAUUCUCCAAAGCAAUCGCCGAAAUUUACAAACCUAUCUCCGGUCGCGCGUCCGAUCCGAACUCAUACCAUGACGAGGGAAAUCAUGAGGGCAUCCAAGCAUGUGAGGAGUACGAAGCGAUCGUACGCGAUCUGCAAGACGCCCUCGUGCCAGAGCUAGAAAUGAUCGAAAGCCGCGUUAUCAGCCCCGCAGACCAACUAUUAGAAGUGAUCAAGGUGAUUCGCAAAGUGGCAGUCAAGCGCGACCAUAAAAAACUCGACUAUGACCGUCGCAACGCCACGCUCAAGAAGCUAGAAGAGAAAAAGGACAAGAAUAUCAAGGAUGAAAAAGCACUUUACAAGGCCGAGAACGAUGUCGAACAAGCUACACAGGAAUACAACUACUACAACGAUUUACUGAAGGAGGAGUUGCCUAAGCUUUUCCAACUGGAGGCUGAGUUCAUUCGUCCACUAUUCCAGUCCUUCUACUACAUGCAACUGAACGUCUUUUACACCCUGCACGAGAAAAUGCAAGGCAUGAGCAUCAGCUAUUUCAACCUCACUCUGGACGUCGAGGAAGCGUUUGAAGCCAAGCGCGGUGAUAUUAAAGAACAAGCCGAGGCGUUGACGAUCGUCCACUACAAGACACAGGGCGCGCGUCGUUCCAACUCUACAUUGAAAUCUAAGCUCGGCGAGAGCAAGGGAUCUAUUAAUCGCGGACGAUCCACCUCCAAUGCUGAUGAGAACCCUCCACCUCCCUAUACUGCCGGCGGUGUUACCCCUAGCCCAACAGGCAGUUUCUCCUCAGCUGCCAAGAGCAAGCCUGCCCCACCACCUCCGCGAGCGAAGCCUGCUCACCUCAGCAAACCUGCUGAGACCGUUACUGCUCUAUACGACUAUGAAGCACAGGCUCAUGGAGAUCUUGGUUUCUCAGCAGGCGAAGUUAUCGAAAUUAUCACACGGACCGAGAACACAAAUGAGUGGUGGACUGGCAAGGUUGCCGGUCGGGAAGGUCAAUUCCCUGCCAACUAUGUUCAACUCAAUUAG